GGCCCCGCCCCGGCGCCCGCUUCCAAGAUGGCGGCAGCGAUACCUGCCCGGUUGUCCGGGUGGCGGUGACGACGGGAAGCAGACCAGGUGACUGGUUACCCUUGAUCGUUUCUGGUUCCCGCUGGUCCCAGAUUGGCUGUUGGAAUGCUUUUUUUCUGUCCUCUGUGACAGUUCCAAUUUGAGAUAAUGCCUCAUAUCUCUGCUCCCGGGGCACCUCCUGGAGCCCCCACAAUCCGGAAAAAGACAGCUUGAACACAGAAAUCCCUUCCCUCCUUACGUAGCUCUCAAGUCAGAAUGUUGCGGAGGCUGCUGGAGAGGCCCUGCACAUUGGCCCUGCUUGUGGGCUCCCAACUGGCAGUUAUGAUGUAUCUGUCACUAGGGGGCUUCCGAAGUCUUAGUGCCCUAUUCGGUCGAGAUCCAGGCCCAACCUUCGACUAUUCUCAUCCCCAUGAUGUCUAUAGUAACCUCAGUCACCUGCCUGGAGCCCCUGGACCUGCGGGGGCUCCUCCAGCUCAGGCCCUGCCCUACUGUCCAGAAAGAUCGCCUUUCUUAGUGGGUCCUGUGUCGGUAUCCUUUAGCCCGGUGCCAUCACUAGCAGAGAUUGUGGAGCGGAAUCCCCGGGUGGAAUCUGGGGGCCGGUACCGUCCUGCAGGGUGUGAGCCUCGAUCCCGCACAGCCAUAAUUGUGCCCCAUCGUGCCAGGGAGCACCACCUUCGCCUGCUGCUUUAUCACCUGCACCCUUUCCUGCAGCGCCAGCAGCUUGCAUAUGGCAUCUACGUCAUCCACCAGGCUGGGAAUGGAACGUUUAACAGGGCAAAGCUGCUGAACGUAGGGGUGAGGGAAGCCCUUCGCGAUGAAGAGUGGGACUGCUUGUUCUUACAUGAUGUGGACCUCCUUCCAGAAAACGACCAUAACCUGUAUGUGUGCGACCCCCGGGGACCCCGCCACGUUGCUGUUGCCAUGAACAAGUUUGGAUACAGCCUCCCAUACCCCCAGUACUUUGGUGGAGUUUCAGCGCUAACGCCUGACCAGUACCUGAAGAUGAAUGGCUUCCCCAACGAAUACUGGGGCUGGGGUGGCGAGGAUGACGACAUUGCUACCAGGGUGCGCCUGGCUGGGAUGAAGAUCUCUCGACCACCCACCUCUGUGGGACACUACAAGAUGGUGAAGCACAGAGGGGAUAAAGGAAAUGAGGAGAAUCCCCACAGAUUUGACCUCCUGGUCCGUACCCAGAAUUCUUGGACACAAGAUGGAAUGAACUCACUAACAUACCGAUUGCUGGCAAGAGAGCUGGGUCCUCUCUAUACCAACAUCACUGCAGACAUUGGGACUGACCCUCGGGGCCCCCGGUCUCCCUCUGGGCCCCGAUACCCACCAGGUUCCUCCCAGGCCUUCCGUCACGAGAUGCUGCAACGCCGGCCCCCAGUUAGGCCUGGCCCUCUUCCUACUGCCAACCACACAGCUCCCCAUGGUUCACACUGACUUUUCUUUGCCCACUUUAAUCAUGAAACUGAAUUGGAGGGAUUGUGUUCCCCACACCCUCUGCCCACGGCUUUUGGAGGAAUGUGAGGGAGUUAACCCUAGUGCUGUGCUGGGGCAGGGACCUCUCCUCACCGCUAGAUUGGAGCUGGGCUCCUCUAGACCUGGAGGUUCCUCUUUCUAGGGCCUACCUGUCAGGGCUUAUGACUGUGAAUCUUUGAUGUCAUUUUAUGUGACGAAUCCUGGGAGUCCUCUGCCCCUGGGGUAGGAGCAGGGCUGGAUCCCAAGUCCCUUCCUCGUCCAUGGACAUUACUCUUUUCCAAGAGUGACCUGGCUUCUCCUGGGACCUCUGUGAAUAUUUAUUCUAUUUAUGGUUCCUAAGAAGCUGUCUGGUGGAGGAAACCCCUAGCCGGGCAUUUCCUGCGAGUGCUGGAAUGGCUCCUCUAGUCUUGGCCCAGAGACUGGGGGCUGAGAUUUUGAUAUCUUUUCUAAUAAAGGACUUUGUCUCAC